AUGGCCGACCUCCGCACAGUCCUCCAAAACACCAUCAACAGCUUCGUUUCGAACAACACCCUCGGCAUCGCCACCAAAAACGCCGCGCUCUUCUCCGCCUUCUUCCGGGCGCAGGGGGAGACCAACGCCGACUACGAAACACAAAAACAACUCGAGUUCCACACCAUGCAGGCCGUGGCGCAGAACGUCACGCGCACCGUUAUUGAUGUGUCGGCGCGCCGGGCGACUAUCUGGACUGAGCAGACUAUCACUACUACCACGGCGAAUGGUGGAAAUGGGUUGCAGGGCGGAGUCGUUGAGGUCAUCUGGGAUUUUGAUUUUACCGAGGAUGGGACCCGGAUUAAGAGGAUUAUGGAAUGUUGA